ACCUGAUUUCAAUUUGUCAAAAUAUGAAAAAGUAGAUUAUCUUGGUUAGAAAUGAAGUAGAUGACGUUAGAUGUUCAACAUUAAAUGCCGCAUUUACAGAUAUUAUCAAUAAAAAGUCGGUAAAACAGAAUAUUUUUAUUUGUACUCAUUAAUUUUAUGGUGAUGUUGAAUUUUAUAACACUGAAUAUGUUCAACAUUAAGGUUACAUUAUUUUUUUUAAUUACAAUUGUCUAUAUUCUUGAUCAAACUGAUAGUGGUGCUGUACAAUUAAAUCAACAAAAUUUAGAUAUGACUUUGGCUUCCAAUGAAUUAGUAUUUAUAAAUUUUUAUGCUGAUUGGUGUAGAUUUAGCAAUCUCCUCAUGCCAAUUUUUGAUGAAUCGGCAGAUGCAAUUGCUAAGGAAUUUCCAGAAGCCGGAAAGGUUGUAUUAGGCAAAGUUGAUUGUGAUAAAGAAAGUUCUAUCUCAUCUCGAUUUCACAUUACAAAAUAUCCGACGCUAAAGGUUAUUCGCAAUGGACAACCCGCUAAAAGAGAGUACAGGGGGCAGAGGUCCGUUGAAGCUUUCACUAAAUUUAUUAAGGAUCAAUUGGAAGAUCCCGUUAAGGAAUUCAAAGAGUUAAGGGAAUUGGGAGCUUUAGAAUCUGAUAAAAGAAUAAUCAUCGGUUAUUUCGACCGUCGUGACCAACCAGAAUAUAGCAUUUUCCGACGCGUAGCCACUAACCUAAAAGAUGAUUGUCAAUUUCAUGUGGGUUUCGAGGAAGCUUCUAGGGAAAUGCACCCAGCAGGUCAACCAAUAAUUGUAUUUAGACCUAAUAAAUUACGUUCAAAUGACCUGGAUGAGACGUACCCAGGUGGACUGAAUAAUUUUGAUGAAUUACACAUUUGGGCGUCGGAAAAAUGUGUACCACUGGUUAGAGAAAUAACAUUUGAAAAUGCCGAAGAACUAACUGAAGAAGGUUUACCAUUUUUAAUUCUUUUCCAUCAUACAGAUGACAAGGAUAGUAUUAAGAAAUUUAACGAAAUUGUUCAGAAUGAGCUGCUCUCAGAAAAACAAUCUAUCAACUUCCUUACAGCCGAUGGUAAAAAAUUUGCACACCCCCUACAUCACCUUGGUAAAAGUGAAAAGGAUCUACCUCUAAUUGCUAUUGAUAGUUUUAGACAUAUGUACCUGUUUCCUAAUUAUAAAGACAUAGAGAUUCCUGGAAAACUAAAGCAAUUUCUCAAAGAUCUUUACUCGGGAAAACUACACAGGGAGUUUCAUUAUGGUCCCGACUCUGAUACAAAUACUGAACAAGACAUCACUACUCCUCCUGUUAGUUCUUUCAAAAAAUUAGCUCCUUCCAAAAAUAGGUAUACUUUACUUGAUAAGGAUGAACUGUAGAAAAUGUAUCAAUAUAUAAAUUAAUGUUUUUUUUUGAUUUGGCAAUACAACAAUCAAUGUUUCAAGUGGGUACAUUUUUUUAAUUAACAACUUUAUAAGUACAAAGCCUUUUACUUAUAUAGACCAAUACAAAAUACUGUUUUUUAUGGCCAAAAACAUGUGUUUUUUUGAAUUCUACAAGUUAAAAUAGAAUGUUUGUGGACAUUUAGAGCUACUAAGAUAACAAUUUCACUAUAAUAAAAAUAGUUUUGUAUGAUAUAUAACACUUAAAUUGAGAUAAACUAUUAUUUGCCCCUUGAAAAUAAUUUAAAUAUUCAUUUCAACAAAUUUUAUGUUACAUAAAAUAUUUGGAUGCUGUUUAAAUUAUUACAAAACAUAUAUAGGCUCUAGCAAAAUGUGGAACUACGAAUUUGUGGCUCAAUAAUGAUUUUUACGAAAAAUUGUGAAAAAUUUGUUGUAUAUUUUUUAUAUCAUGUAAUGGUGCUGUUCUGUUCGUGCCACAUUUUUUGAAAUAUGAAAUUUUAAAUGCAUCAAAUUUUAAAUGUUUUGAGUAGAUAUAUUUCUGAAUUUACUGAUACCAGGUUUAGGGGGUCUCUGAUUUAUGGUUUAUAUAUUUUAUACCGCGGCUUUUAUUCGAUCUUCUAAUUCUUGGAGAGUUUGAAGCAUGUCCGUAUAAACUAUAAAUAUCAAAUAUUCCAAAGAAAAAAUCCAUUGGAGAUAAAUUCGUUGCAAAAUGAAAUAAAACAUCAUCGUGCUGAAACCAAAUCUAUUUUGAUAACUGUAAAUGAUUUUUUGAGACGUUCAGGUUUUGUAGGUAUUUUGUAUGGCCUUGUUCCAUCCACUACAAAAUAUUCGAACUACAUCGGCAAUUAUAUUGAUUUACAAAUCCGUUCAUGCAAAAUGCUGCUUUAUCGGAAAACACAAAGAGAAAAUUUACAAACAUCAUUUAACGAUACACGAUAGUAUACAAAAUAUACAAAAAAUUCCAUUAGAUACAAUUUUACAUAUUUAAUUCACAAAUUCUAUGUUCCGUCCAUUUUGCCUGACACCGUAUAAAAAAUACAAAUUAAUUGAGUAUUAUUCUAAUUGUCAUAUUUAUUUAUAUCUCUAUUGCAUAUUGCAUUUUCACAAAACAAAAAAAAUUAAUUGUAUAUUAAGUAUGUACAUACUUUUCAAUUAUCUACUAAAAGUGUAAUUUUAGACCAGGGUCAAUUUAUAGCAGUAAAUAGUCAAUUAUUUUUUUUCUUGAAAGUCGAUAAUUCUUAAUAAUCUUCAUAUGAAAGCUGUAAUUUAAGAAUUCGAUUCAACGGUUUGUUGAAUUGUUUAAUAAGAAAAUGUUUGUUUUAAUAUUUGCUUUUUACAGCAUAAAUAGUUAAGGAAAGUUGUGCAGUCUAACAUUGCUUUUUAGAGACUCAAAUAUGUUCAACUCGAAAUAUAAAUAUGAAUAUAAAGUAGUAUAUCGACGGUGGCACCUUAAUAUGUAGUGAAAUAAUGACAGGCAUGAACUAGAUGAAAAUGAAAUAUUUGCUUUUGAUGUUAUAUAAAAUCUAGUGACAACUUUUAUUCUAGUAAUUUUGUUUUAAUUAUAUGCAUCAUGUCAUGGGCCUAUAGUUAACAAGAAUAUUAGUAAAAUUACUUCAUAAAUAAACCUUUGUUUGAAAAAGGGGCUUGUUACAUUAUUCAAUUUCAAUAUGUAGUGUAGAGGUAAGGAGAACCGUCUUGGAAGGGGGAAAGCUAAAAAAGUGCUCAUCUGUAAACAGCAAAUUAUUGUUUGAAGAUUCACCAAAAUGACGUUAGUGUAGCAAAUGGAAAUGAUAUGAAUUUAGCAGUUAUAAGCAGAGUGAAGUGUGCUAGGUUAAAAAAUUUUAUAUUUUACUGAUCUUGUGUAGUUGAGAAAUAUGCAGUAUGUAAAAUCUCAACUACUUAAGUGGCCAAAAAUAAUUUGGUAAUUAUAACCUGUAAACUGAUUGAAAAAAACAUGGAUAGUGAUUUGAAGUUAACACGCUUUUUUUAUAAAUCUUGCAUUUCUAUCAAACAUUCAUGUCUAAGUCCGAAUAUUAUAAUAACUGAAUAAAAAAGUGUUGGUGUAGAUGUUAUUGUUUAUUAUCAUCCAUAUAUUAAAUAUUUCAUGUACAGUUUUCGAAUGGAUUUAUAUAUUAAUAGUUUUGUUAAAAUAGUUAUGGCUUUCAAAUAGGAAUUUAAUUUACUACCCUACUCAAAUAAUUUCUGGAUUGUUUUUUAAUAAGUAUUUUCAAUAAAUAAUGUCAAUUUAUGAUAAUUUUCUUCAGAAUGUCUUUUUAUAGCGAACGGUUUCCUUGGCAUGUACAACGAUAUAAAAAUCUACAUAUCCCUUAAAUAAUAAAUUUUAUCGAGUUGACAAAGA